AUGUCCACCGUGGGCAUCUGCCGACCUGCUUUCUGCCGCACCCUCUCCCCAAGCUCAGUGUCCUCCCCAAGCCCUCCGGCCACGGCAAACGGUUACUCAGCUGCGAGUCUGGGUCUCCACGGAGCCUGUCCUCGGUGCGGUACCCAGCCCCGGGCCGGGGGCGGGAAGGGCUGGGGGGCACGCAGGGCAAGCGCGCACCCCGGCCCCCGCCCCGGGCCACAGCCCGCACGCCGGCGGGCCGAGCCUCCGCUGACAGGUCCCCGGUGCCGGCGGCCCGGGCGGCCGGCUCCCCGGAGCCGUCCCCUCCCGCCCCACCCCAGACAGGCCCCACCAAGGAGAUACAGGGACGGGGAGCACAAAGGGCCCGGCCACACGCCAGACCCUUCCCCGUGGAAGAAAAACUUCGCUGCACACGCGUCCAGACACGCACACGCCCGGCGCGCGCCGGGGAGGGCAUCUCUUACCUGUCCCCGCGCUGCUACUCAUCGCCCCCCCCACCCACCCACCCACGGAGGUCUGGCCGCCCCCCGCCCCGAGGUGGGUCCCCCGGCCGCCCGCUCGGAGCGGCUGCACUCACUGCCUGGCUGCGCGCGCCCAGCGCCUGCAGGGCCCGGCGGCGGCGGCGGCGGCGGCGGCGGGGACCGAGACAGCGGCUGCAGCGGCGGCGGCGGCGGCGGCCCCAGCCGGCGUCAGUCAGACUGGAGCCGCGAAGCCUCAUCGCCCGUAUUAGUGCGCCGACCUGGAAAGCCGCCAGGAGCCCUGCUCGCGGGUCCGCCCCCGCCCGCCGCCGCGCGCCCGGAGCCGCUCGGGGAGCCCGCGAGGAGGGGGAGCGCGGCCCGCCCCGCGGCCACGUGCGCGGAAGCCCGCGGCGGGGGCGCCUCGGGGACGCCCCGGAGAGGGGUCUCCCGGCCCCCCGGGCGGCGUCCCCGUCCUCCGGUGAGACCCGACUCCCCUCGCCCGCGGCUCGACCCCCUCGGCAGAGCGGCGGGGGCACCUCGCCGGAUUCCCGGAGACGUCCUGCCUCCCCACCUGGAGCCCGAGGCCGGAGGACCGUUUCCAGAACUCGAGGUGUGGGACCGACAAAUCGGUUUGGAAACCGCCGCCCCCACCAAGUGGCUCUUCCCGACGUGUUUCUGGGCCCCGAGGGUGGCUGUUCCUUGCUGUUUGUCUCUUACUUGCUUUGCAAGAGUGAAGGGGGUCAUUACCCCCAGCCGACAGCGCCAGAGUAACUGGUUUGCUCCUGCACAAGCGGAUGAAAAUCGACUCACACAGAGUGCACAGUUCUGGAGGUCCAAGAUCAAGGUGUCGGCAGACUCGGACAGGCUGAGACCACUAGACCAGCAAGAUGCCUGGCUGGAAGAUGCAAGUUUCUCCCUGGUGUUUAUCAGCAGAUGACUUCUGACGGAAUGAAUCCGGGAGAAAUAGAAGAGAUAUUCAAAACUCUUUAAAUGAGAAUAAAAGAACAUCUCUGAAAGCAUUUUCUGUACAAAUAUAAUGUUUCAUGUUCAUACAGAAUUUAAGAUUCAUAAAGGAUCUUAAUCAUGUCUGUGCUUCUAUCAUACUGCAUAUUGUUUGGUGAGCCUUAGUCUACUUUUAAGGCCUCUAUUGAAAAUAGUUAAGCAUAGAAGAAAAUAGAUUCAUUACUUUUGGCUUUCCUCUUUAAGAGAAAAGUUUGGGUGGAGGGAAAAAAAGUCAUAUUACCUUAGAAUAAAGGUCAUAAACAAUAAAACGA